CUUUAUCGUUUCUCAAUCUACCUACUUGAAAAGCUCCUAACUUUCAAAACCCAGAAAAAAAACCCAGCUUUUCCAACCCCACCCCAACGUUUUUUUCAUCUCUGAAUUUAAAAGCUUUCCUGCGACCUUGAAAUAAUCUAUCUUAGAUUCGCCUUUUUAGAAUCUGGAGUUAAAAUAUUGUGGAAGCAAAGGUUGCCCUAGAAGAUAAACAUUUUGCUUUGUGUCAAUCUAAAGCUCAGGAAGUUGCAUUUCCCCCAAAGCAGUUGUAUUGUGAUGGAUACAAACAUCAGUGGAGAUUCUUCUCCAACUCGACCCAAAUGGAGAAAGGUUGCAUAUGGAGGGAUGCAACCUGGCUUUGAUGACAAUCACACAGAUGAAACUUUCCUUGAAGAUAUGGUCAUGAAUGCCAAUGUUGUUAAAAGGAAUAUUCUUAAGGUGAUGCAAGAUUCAGUUUCUAUCUCACAAUAUCUAUGCAUUGUUUCUCUUGUGGUCCUGGUCUGGACCUACACCCUUAGGUCAACCCUCAAUGAAAACUCCCUCUUGCUUCUUGAUAUAAGCCUUCUUGGUUCAGGUUUCUUAAUUCUCCUAUUAACUGAGGAAAUGCUCUCCCUCAAUCUUCUUUUGCACUAUGUCCUCAAUGUUUCCUUUUUUACCACCGGUUUGUAUGUUUUGGCUCCUAUCUACCAAACCUUGACAAGAUCGAUUAGCUCUGAUUCCAUUUGGGCGGUAACUGUUUCACUUCUGUUGCUUCAUCUUUUCUUACAUGACUAUUCUGGCUCCACAAUAAGAGCUCCGGGGGCUCUUAAGAAUCCAAACUUGACUAGUUGUAUCUCCUUAAAUGCAUCUAUUGUGGCUUCAGUUUUCAUAGCAUCUCGACUACCAUCAAGGUUACACGUUUUUGCAAUUAUGCUGUUCUCAUUACAAGUCUUCCUCUUUGCACCGCUGGUUACCUAUUGUAUCAAGAAAUACUCUUUCCGGUUGCACCUUCUGUUCUCUUUUGGGUUGAUGGCUGUAACUUUGGCUUUUGUUUAUAGCCUGCACUGCCUUCUUUUUGUGCUAUUGGUGGGAAUGCUGGUCUUUGUCAAUGUGGUUUGUCCGUAUUGGCUUAUAAGGAUUCAGGAAUACAAGUUUGAGAUUAAUGGCCCAUGGGAUGAGGCUAAGCUUUGCUUUGAUAUUACAGAUUGAGAUAAUUUCUACCACUUUCUGUUUGUAAAACGUUGUAGCAAAUUAUUCUGCUCUCUUUGGAUGUUGGGAUAAGAUUCUAUUAUCCAAAAAAAA